AUGAAGCUCCGAUUCCUUGCCAUCUCAGUUCUACUCGGCAAAUGCUUUGCUGACGCGGUAGCGCCCGAAGCAGUCUACAGUGGAGGCUUUGAAUUUAAGAAUGAAAGUAUUAAACUUCGAAUUGCCAAUGGAGGAGCCGGUCAGAGUGGACUGAUCAAGGAGCUUGCCAAUGCCUACAUCAAAACACGCGUUAUAGGUGGUGCAGACCCCUUCCAAGUGGCGUGGAUCAAAAGCGACACCUUCUACAGCAUCAAGUAUCUCAAAACAGGCGAUGCCGACAUCGGUAUCACUUACAGUAUUGCUUCAGAGAAUAUCGCUAUUAAACAAGGCAUUGCCAAGGCGCCCAGCUACUAUGCUUUCCGUGACCAUUUCCUUCUGGUCGGGCCCAAGAGUAACCCAGCCAAUCUUUCAGAAUCAGAUGAUAUUCAUACCAUUUUCUCCAACCUUCAUGAAGCUGCCGAGGGUAACGCCACGACCCCGGCUGUUCGGUUCUUAAGCCGGUACGAUAAGUCAGCUACAAAUAUCAAAGAGACAGAGCUCUGGGCCAGCAUUGGUCAGGUUCCCUGGGCUACUGCGUACUCAACCUGGUAUCACCAAUACAUUGCUUUCCCGAUUCAAGCUCUCACCGCCGCCAUUCUCCUUCAAGAAUACACCAUCACCGACCGUGGAACAAUCCUUUCUCUUGAUCAAAAGCUGCAAAAUCAAACUAAGAUCUACAAGGCUGGUGGUGACGAAGACCCGAAAGAUCCGUUGCUCAAUCCCGCACAUGCACUGGUAGGCGCAAAAGCACCCAAUGGCGAGGAAGCAAGCAAAUUUGUGAAGUGGCUUGUCAGUGAUGAGGGUCAGGAUGUGAUUGGUAACUUUAAGAAGGAUGGCAAGGUACUGUAUUCGAAAGCUCCAAAGGUCAAACAAGUGGAGGAACAGAAAGUCAUGGGAGAAUUGGUCUAA